GGCCAGAGGCGGGGGGGACGGGGCCAGAGGCGGCCUAGACAGGGCCAGGCUGUUAGGGUCGACGAGUUGGCGGCCUGUUGUGUAAGCCUCAGUCCUUGUUUUCCCCGGCCUGGCUCGUUGUGAAGCCGGACACAUCCACCCUUGGAUUCAAUUCAAGAGGCUGCUGCUUUUCUCCAUGCCCCUCUUGGAUUUUCUGGAUUUUUGAAAACCCAGUGGCCCAGGAGGAGGAGGAGGAGGAAGGAGGAAGGAGCAGAUCUGCAGAGGAAUGUGAGAGCCUCCCAAGGCCUGAGGAACCAGAAGGAGCUGGGAGCCAGAGCUGCCCAGGGUUUCUGGAACAGUGGUUUCUGAGUGAUUCUCUUCUAUUUUAGAACAUUGUUCCAGUGGAAAGUGUCAAGCGAAUUCUUGCCCUCUCAGAGCUGAUUUCUUGGAGUCACUUGACUUUUCUUCUGGGAGUGGGAGGAAGGAGAGACUCCCUGAUCUGGGGCAGCCGAGGGAAGAGAGGGUGAUUAUGGACAUGAUCCCUCCCUGAUCACAGCAGUGUUCUGGGAGAUCUAAUAAUAAUAGGGCAGUUCAUGGGCAAUGGGCAUUGCUUUGGAUAGUGGGAGGCUGGACAGCAUCUGUGGCUGCUGAGACCCCAGCUUAGGUGCUGAGAGACUGAGUUGUUGUGACAGGCCUUGAGCUGCUAGUGCAUUCUCGGUUCUGGGCAGGACCCUCUCCUCUUCUUUUUCAACCACGGGGCCAGCCAUGGCGCUGAAAGGCCGAGCUCUCUAUGACUUCCGCAGCGAGAACAAGGAGGAAAUCAGCAUCCAGCAGGAUGAGGAUCUGGUUAUCUUCAGUGAGACCUCGCUGGAUGGCUGGCUGCAGGGCCAGAACAGCCGCGGUGAGACAGGGCUCUUCCCUGCCUCUUAUGUGGAGAUCAUCCGUUCUGGUGCCAGCUCCAACCACAUCAACUAUUCCAGCAGCCCAGGCUCUCUGGGCACCCAGGUGAGCUUGUACGACAGUUCCGGAGUGGCCAGUCCUUCCAGGAGUGGUGGUGGCGGUGGCUUCCUCUCACACCAGGGCAGCUUCGAGGAGGACGAGGAUGAUGACUGGGAUGACUGGGAUGAUGGAUGCACGGUGGUGGAAGAGCCUCGGGCCGGUGGGCUGGGCACCAACGGGCACCCCCCUCUCAACCUCUCCUACCCUGGUGCCUACCCCAGCCAGCACAUGGCCUUCCGGCCCAAGCCACCCCUGGAGCGGCAGGACAGCCUGGCAUCUGCCAAACGUGGCAGCGUGGUGGGGCGUAACCUCAACCGUUUCUCGUGCUUCGUGCGCUCUGGGGUGGAGGCCUUUAUCCUGGGUGAUGUGCCCAUGAUGGCCAAGAUCGCCGAAACAUACUCCAUUGAAAUGGGCCCUCGUGGCCCCCAGUGGAAGGCCAACCCCCACCCGUUUGCCUGUUCAGUGGAGGACCCCACCAAACAGACCAAAUUCAAGGGCAUCAAAAGCUACAUCUCCUACAAGCUCACACCUACCCAUGCUGGCUCACCAGUCUACCGCCGCUACAAACACUUCGAUUGGCUCUAUAACCGCCUGCUGCACAAGUUCACUGUCAUCUCUGUGCCCCACCUGCCGGAGAAGCAGGCCACAGGCCGCUUCGAGGAGGACUUUAUUGAAAAGCGGAAGCGUCGGCUCAUUCUCUGGAUGGACCACAUGACAAGUCACCCUGUGCUGUCCCAGUAUGAGGGCUUCCAGCAUUUCCUCAGCUGCCUGGAUGACAAGCAGUGGAAGAUGGGUAAACGCAGGGCAGAGAAGGAUGAGAUGGUGGGUGCUAGCUUCCUGCUCACCUUCCAGAUCCCCACGGAGCACCAGGACCUGCAGGAUGUGGAGGACCGUGUGGACACCUUCAAGGCCUUCAGCAAGAAGAUGGACGACAGUGUCUUGCAGCUCAGCACCGUGGCAUCAGAGCUGGUGCGCAAGCAUGUGGGGGGCUUCCGCAAGGAAUUCCAGAAGCUGGGCAAUGCCUUCCAGGCCAUCAGUCAUGCCUUCCAAUUGGACCCUCCCUUUAGCUCCGAGGCCCUCAAUAGUGCUAUUUCUCACACGGGCCGUACCUAUGAAGCUGUUGGUGAGAUGUUUGCUGAGCAGCCCAAGAACGAUCUUUUUCAGAUGCUCGACACCCUGUCUCUCUACCAGGGCCUGCUUUCCAACUUCCCUGACAUCAUCCACCUGCAGAAAGGCGCCUUCGCCAAGGUGAAGGAGAGCCAACGCAUGAGUGACGAGGGCCGCAUGGCACAGGACGAGGCCGAUGGCAUUCGUAGGCGCUGCCGCGUGGUGGGCUUCGCCCUGCAGGCUGAAAUGAACCACUUCCACCAGCGCCGCGAGCUCGACUUCAAGCACAUGAUGCAGAACUACCUGCGCCAGCAGAUCCUCUUCUACCAGCGGGUAGGCCAGCAGCUGGAGAAGACAUUGCGCAUGUAUGACAGCCUCUGAUCCUGGGUACCCGCCCCCACCCUGCCCCCGAGCCUGGUCACUGCAGCACAAUCCGCUCUAGACCUCACUGCACCAGCAGUGGCUGGGAGGGGCUAGGGUGGGCUCUGGAGGGGUCCUGGGGACCCCUGGGGAAGUCUCCUAGCCCUUCGAGGUAGGGGCACAGAAGGGGUGAGAGUGGGGUCAGGAACCUUCUAGGCUGAGGUCUGGGCUGCUGGUCAGUUGCUUGAGGCCGGGCCACAGUCUUAGCCUCCCCUAGAGCCUACAGGACUUUCUCACCUGGCUACCACCCCCUUGUUCAUUCAGCAGGCCUCAGGGCCUGCUGCAGCUCCGGGUCAAAUGCUGGCCCCUGACCCCCACCCUGCGGCUGUGACAUUCCUGCCCUCAGGGAGUCCCCAGUAGAGGUGGGGUCAGACACAGAAACAGACCAUUCUGCAACGCAGAAUGACUGAUGGUAAAUAAGGGGCUCCUCCUGGGAGCUUAGAGGAAGAACCACUCAUGCUGUUGGUCAGGGAAGGCUCCAUAGAGUAGGUGACAUUUGAAUAGUGUUUUGGAGAGUGACAAAGACCUGCGAGACAGUAAAUGGGGACAGUAGAUGAAAGGUGGGAGGGAAGACAUUCAGAAGAGAGGAAUAGCAUGGGCAAAAGUGGGGAGGCAUGAAAACACCCCCUCCUCCCACCCUUACUUUUCCCAAGUAAGCUUGGUGCCCCCUCAGUGAAGAUUCUGGACUGUGUGACAGAGGGGAGGGAUCAUCUUGCUCUCAUGUCCCUGUCCCUGUCUCACCUUGUUCCCUCUGGAGGAGCUGAGGGCCAACUCCCUUCUGACACCCCAUUCACCCUCUGAGCCUCCAUUACCCCUUGAUUAGGGGACCAUGCAGCAUUUUACCCUGGGCUCAAGGUGCUGAGACAGGCCCUGACCCCAGGACAUUGGUGGCACCUUCCUGGAGAGGACACCCAGAAGUUACCAGUUAUUUGAGUUCACCAGCAAUAGCUCUUCACAUUCCGAGCAGGCUUGGGCCCCGGGCUUCCUGGGUCCUCAGCCCCAGUGACUCCCAGAACCUUUCCUGUUGCACAGAGGGAAGGCCAAGGGGAGAAAGACGGGGUGACUUGCCCAUUGCCCCAGAAGCCCCAGGCCUGCGCACCCUCGGCCAGCCUCACUGUGAUGUUAGCCCCAGCUCCCUCCCUAGCCAGGUCGUGUGCACCCAUGUUUACAACCUCCAGGGGGCUACUCCUUCCCCCUAGGCCUGGGCAUGGGCCAGCUAUGGGAUGGGGGAUCUGACAGGUGCCACUGCCAUCCCCACCUUGGGAGGUCAUGGCCACUCCUGGCUCCUGCUGCUUGAAUCUUUUUUCUUUCUUGUUUUCUUGAUAAACCUUUUGCAAUUAAGAUAACAAAA